AUGCCUGAAUCCAGAGCCUCCAUGGGCUCUCCAGCUUUCACUUCUGCCUCUGAUCCAUCCAUGCACUCUGUGAGAUAUGUUCAUACGAUUUCUGGGGCCGGUCGGCUUCUCCCAUCUUCUAGUCGUUGGAACUCAAUAGAGCUUGAUUUCAACCUCUUCCCUCACUCUAACACUGGAUUCGAUUCACUCCCCUCCAGAUUCUCCAAAUCAGUUGAUUUCAAUCUUACCAUAACAGAUAAGAAGUACUUCAAGCGUUUUGCUUAUAUCUCAGCCACCGUUCUCAUUAUAAUUCCCUUGCUGGUUCUGUUGAUACAUUUUUUGCCACACAAGAAUCACCACCAUGGCUCUUCCAAGAAUCUAACACUAGCCCUGAAUCGAGCUCUCGCGUUCUUCGAUGCUCAAAAGUCGGGACCUUUUCCAAAGAAUAGUUCAGUAAUAUUUCGUGGAGAUUCGGGUUUACAAGAUGGGAAAACGACCAAUACUAAUGCUGAUCUUGUGGGAGGUUUUUAUGAUUCUGGCAACAACAUAAAGUUCAGCUUCCCUUCAGCUUAUACAAUUACCCUCUUGAGUUGGACCGUGAUCGAAUAUCAUCAGAAAUAUGCUGCUAUAGGUGAGCUUGACCAUGUUAAGGAUAUUAUCAAAGAGGGCAGUGACUACUUGCUCAAACUCUUUAUUCCUCCUAAUACAACUUCUGAUCAUACCUUACUGUAUUCACAGGUCGGGAGUACUGGGAAUGAAACUAUUAAUGAUAUAAACUGUUGGCAAAGACCAGAAGACAUGAACUAUCCGAGGCCUGUUUCAGUUUGUGACAGCACGGCUUCAGACCUAGCUGGAGAAAUCAUGGCUGCAUUGUCUGCUGCAUCAAUGGUACUCAAAGAGGACAAGGAUUACUUAGGAAAAUUGAUUAAAGCAGCAGAGAAAUUAUAUGAGCUAGCGACUAAGGAAGGCCCUGAUCAUAAGCAAGGAAUGUACACCAUGAACGAUGAUUGUGGAGGGCAGGCAAGGCAAUUUUAUAACUCAUCUGGUUACAAAGAUGAAUUGGUUUGGGGAGGAACUUGGUUGUUCUUUGCUACCGGAAACUUUACAUAUCUCGAAUUUGCAACUAAUAAUUUUACUUCAGCAGAGAAGGAAGAAUUAUCUGUUGAGAAAGGAAUAUUUUACUGGAACAACAAGCUCACUGCUAGCGCGGUAAUUUUGAAUAAUUAUUUAUUGGAGUUCUAG